GUGUGACUAAAAAUGGAUGAGACCGUGAAUGGAUGACCUGUCAUGUAAAUCAGAACCAGCAAAUCCGAAGAAGCAAUUAGUUCUGAUGGGAACUGAAGAUGUUGGUUUGGAUUAAGCUUGGGUUAGUUUCAGAACCUCAUGAGACACCAUCAAGCCGGUCUAUUUGCCUGGUGGAAGUCCUCUGGUGAGAUCAGGAAUGUCGAGGUCCAAGCGGACCCUCUCUGGAUACCGAGCUGGUAGAAGAGCCGCGGUUCCGACCAGACCCGUCGCGAGUUACCUCCGGCACACGACUCUUUUCUUGGCGUCUGUUCAGACCCAGCCUGGGUCGGUGGAGCAUUUAUUCUGAAAGGAGCUGUUGUUGUUGCUUGUUAUAGCGACUGGAUUUUCUCAGCUUGUCGAGGUUCUUUCGGUUGAAGAGUUAAAGGUCGGAUUGGCCGCUCCGACGCUUGCUCUGGAACGCUUGAACUGGCGUUAGAGCUAACGUGGCUCAGUUUUAUACCUCGGAUGUUAUGGUAUAUUGUCGAAUGAAAAUUACCAAACACCGUCAGAAGCACACCUCUGUCAGAUCUGUAAAAUUCUGAUUGGAUCAGUGAGAGAAUGCGUUAUGUCUUUUUAACACUAUGUGAAAUGAGUCCUGUUGGAACAUUUAAGAUUACAGACUUAUUUUCUAAGAUCAUAAUAAAAUAAUUAAUAUUUUUAUUUCACAGGUCGGUCGCAUCUUAUUAUUGAUUAACACUUUGAUGGAUUAGCUUUAUUAAAAUAGAGUUCUUUGAUUAAUUAAAAGAAAAGAGUUCAUUCUUCUUUCUUCUGUCUUCAUGCUGGAAUGUAAAUAGUUUAGAAGCGAAUGCAUGACCUUGAGGCUGUUUCAUGCACACUGACACUGUGUCAAUAGGAAACAGCUGUUAGGGUAGAAAUGGCUCCUUCAUCACGUUACACCUUCUCAAUUUUAGUAGGUUUUACACCUGCCCUCCAUCUAGGGCUGGGCAAUAUGACGAUUUUAGACCGUUUUACGAUCUACACAUCUGACGGUCUGUCAUUUUUGAGAGACCUUUUUAUCACGAUUCACAGCUCUGCUGUUGAAUUUCUGCCUCUGAAUGAAAAGGGAACUUACCCCAGUCGAAUGACAUGCCUUUGUUUGACCCUUAACCAAUCAGAGUGAGUCAUAGUAAUAUAUUAGUGCCCCGCUUGUUUUCACCUGUGUGUGAACUGUGAACAAUCAUGGCUUCGGCCGCGGCUGGGAGCGACAACGAGGUUUUCAUUCCGAAGACCGAGCACCGAUUCACGUCAUUUCAAACGGUGCCUCGUUUCGGUACCCGUCCUUCAUAACGAGAACUUGCCAAGAAAGCUGUGCAUACGCAAGAGCGUUAUGUCGUCGGUCCCUGUGAGCGAGUUGUAAACAGAGCAGCAUGGUAGAAAGAAGAACGCACGCUAACGCUUGGGUCCACUUCACUAAAUGUGAUGGGUACCCAUCCCUAUCCAUUAUAUGGAACUGGUUUGGUUUUUCACCAGAUGACAAAGAGCAGCGAAACGUCAUUUGCAAAGUUUGCAAGGAGAGCGUCAAGGCAAGUGAUGGCAACACCACAAACUUGUUUAAUCACUUGAAAAGAAGGCAUCCCAAACAAUACAAUGAGAGCCAGCUGGCAGCUAAAGCUAAAAAGCCUGCGGCUGCAGCGGCUAGUGCUUCUUCCAGGCAGCAAACGCUAACAGAAACACUCACAAAACUCACUCCUUACGACAGAGACAGCAGACGAUGGAACAGCGUGACAGAUGCUGUGACGUACCACUUGGUUAAAGAUUUGUGUCCCGUGCGAACAGUAGGAGCGGGAUUUAAGAAAAUGAUAAAAACAUUGGAUCCGCGCUACAAGUUUCCCAGCCGCAAGUAUUUUUCGAACACCGCCAUUCCACGCAUGUACGCUGAAUGCAAAGUGAGCGUUGCAGAAAAUAUUCAGAAUGCGCAGUUUUUUGCUACCACAAGCGAUCUCUGGUCCAGCCGCACAUCAGAGCCGUAUUUGAGCUUAACUAUCCACUACAUGAGCAACUGGGAGCUGCAUAGUAUUUUGAACAAGUUAAUGUUUGCACAAUACGUUUGCAAUUGACAUGUUUGCACUUUAUGUUUACGAUUUUAAUUUAUGUUAAGUUACUUGAAAAAUGAGAAAAACUGAUUUUUGUAAUUGUUUCUCUCAGGGCUUUUAUCAUCUCUGGUGUGAGUUUAAAAUAUAAGUGUGUUAGCACUGUGUUGAUUAUCCCUAAUAUGAAUAAAUGUUUGUUUAUUCAAUGUUUCUCUUCUUUAAUACACAAUUGAAGUUAUGCUAUUCAUGGAUAAAAAAUCGUGAUAAAAUCGAAAUCGUGAUAAAAUAUUGGAAAAAUCGUGAUAUUCUAUUUUUGCCAUAUCGCCCAGCCCUACCUCCAUCUACACCUUUGGGUGAUGGAUGACAUGAUGAUCUUCAAAUGAGGGUGUAGAAGGUGAAGCCGGUGCAGGUCUUCCUUCAUCAUGUUGACCAGCUUCACACUGCUGACCACCCCCAUGUCAUUGACGCCACAGUGGAUGAGAAGGACAUCAGGAGCUGCUCUUCCUCGCAGGGAGUGGAAAAAGAAGGGGAGAAGGUCCUUCCCCCUCAGUCCGCUCCAACCAAACCAGGAGACACGGACGUCAGGGAGGCCAAGGUUGUCUCCGAGGGUCUCUGCAGCUCUUUGGGCACCACGCUUCACGUAGCUGUCUCCAAUGAUCCAAAUGGCUUUGGAGAAAAAAAUAAUAGGUUUGGCCUUGCUGUUUAAAGUACAAAACCAUACAUGAAGUGGUCAAGACAGGUAUUUGGUACUUACACUUGCUGCUUUGUGUAGCUGAUGUUGAAGACACACAGGCUGCCAUGGUUUCCUUUUAACAGAUCUAAGAAAAAAAUAUAAGAAAAAAAAAAUGAAACUUAAAAACUCCCAGACCUCAUUUCAUGAUUGCUAAUCAGCAAUGGCUGAUUUAUUGUUUGGAUCACAGUGAGUUACACUAAUUAAUAUAUUUUUAUUUCUACUAUACAUACAUACUUUUUAAUUAUUAUUUUCACGACUGUUAUCAGGCUCUCUUGUUCUGGUUCUCAUGAUAAUUCAGUUUCUUCCAGUAAGUUAUCUUGUGCUUACUUCAUCUGGAUAAUGUCUCUUUACUUUUGGUUAAUUGUACUGAGUCCAGAAUAAAGGCUACUUGGCUUUACAAGAUACAAACAAGUAUUAAGUUUUAGAAAUAUAUGAAAUGUAUUUAGCCUGCUAAUUUAUCUGAAUUACUAAUAACUACCGUAUUUUCCGGACUAUAAGUCUCACUCUUUUUCAUAGUCUGGCUGGUCCUGCGACUUAUACUCCGGAGCGACUUAUAUACCAAAUUAUGUAGGCUAUACCGUGCUGCUGCGGACCGUCUGCGGACCAGGAAUGAGCUCCCCUGCCCUGCUGCGAAUAAAAAACACACAGCCAUCACCUGCUGGAGUCUGUUGCGCGCUGUUGCGCACUGGAUCUGGCCCAGGUUUCAGCUCCUCUGCCCCGCCAUCACCUGUUGCAGCCUGUGGUGCGCUGCUGCGGGCCGGCUCCGACCCAGGAAUGAGCUCCCCUGUCCCAAAGGGAGGGUUUCAAACACCGCCAUCCUCUGCUGGAGACCGUGGUGCGCUGCUGCGCAGGGUUCUUUAUUCUGUUAUUGUUACCGGUACUUGCCUUGCAAUGUAAAAUGUUUGGUCUCAGAUUUUGUAAGAAAAAUAAUAACAUUUCCCCCCAAAAUGCGACUUAUAGUCCAGUGCGACUUAUAUAUGUUUUUUUCUUCUUCAUUAUACAUUUUAUGGCUGGUACGACUUAUGCUCCGGAGUGACUUAUAGUCCGGAAAAUACGGUACGUUAAAAAUAUUGAAAACUUGCUCAAAGCAAAAUAUCUUUUCAUUAAGGAAAUAACUUACAAACUUACUGAUUUAAUACUUUUUUAGUCACAGAAAGAUAGUUUUCAUGAAAAAGCGCCGCAAACCUCCACACAAACUCCGUGUGAGCUUCAGGUCGCUGGUGUUCCACAGAGUUUGCUCCGGUUGUAACUAGGUAGCUACUAGGGAUGAGCCGGAUACUCGUUUCAGACAAGUAUCCGGUACGGAUAAAGCGUUUUUGACGAGUACGAGCAUGACACGAGUAAAACUGGUAAAUAUCUGUAAUCGUGCUGAAGGAAAAUCCUCAUUGGGUAACUGACUGUCUUCACGCUCUGUGAUUGGCCAGUCACAUAGAGCACCCGCCCCUCCCUACACACAAAACUCUCUAGCCGGCCGGGAGAGCAGUCAGUCCGUCCGGCUCAUCCACGCACACAUACAGACAAUUACGGAUCUCGCUGUGAUUUCUUCACUGUUGCUCACGUUUCUUCAGUUUUGCCUAGGUUUUCUUCAGCUCGCUUCUUUUUUGGUUGAAUAUUUAAAGUUACUUUUUUCGUAACUUACAUGGUGCAUUUGACAAGACAGAGCUGACGUGCUGCAUCAGUCACUCACUACCUCCGCUCCGGUCGGGUUUUUUAUUUAUUUUUUACUCCCUCUCUCUCCCUCACCCUCUCUAUCUCUCUCAGACACACACACCUCAAUCAACAUUGUUUUGUUUAACUUUGUGUGGGGCAAAAUGCCAAGAACGUUAAAAAAAAAUCAGUUUAAUCAAAUUAAAAUAAAAAAAAUCAUAAAGUUGUGUCUGGUUCUAGCAUUUCAUAUUUCUUAGUUCCUACUGCAUGAGUUCAAAUGUAUUAAUCCAUCCACUUAAAUAUUAAUGUUCUAAUUUUAUUGAAACACUUGUUCUGAAAUAGUUCCUUUACUCUUGUGAUCAAAAAUAUUAAAUCUCAAUUCUGAGGCUGCUCUGUAAAUAGUUUUCAAAUAAACAAUACACAUAGCAACUUCUGAUCAAUCCAUAUCAAUUUCAGACUUAAAAUAAUAUAUUGCUGUAAACCACACUCUCGGUUAAACCACGCCCACUUCUGGGUUAUGCCACGCCCAUUCCGAGUACAGAUACAGAUACAGAUAAUUUAGUUGGUUGAAUAGAUACAGAUACAGAUAGUGGUGUACUCGCUCAUCCCUAGUAGCUACCUCCAUUAGCUUAGCUCCCACCUCCACGUUAGCUUGUAGCUAGUUCGAUUGGGUGUCGUCAUUUGAUCCCAGCCUUACAGCCCCACCCUCAGCUCCACCUCUCUUCCCUUUUGUGGAAU